AUGCUCAAAUCAUUAGAGGAAUAUUCACAAGAAGUUAGAGAAAGGGAAGAAAUAACCCGAGAAUCGUUAGAGAAGCGUAUACAAGAAAAUAACAAAUCACUAAAGGAAGACUUACAAGAAUCGUUAGUGAAGAGUUCCCAAGAAACAAGAGAAUCGUUAGAGAAGCGUUUACAAGAAACUAACGCAUCGUUAGAGAAGAAUUCACAAGAAACGAGAGAAUCAUUAAAGGAAGAUAUACAAGAGAUCAAAACAUCGUACACAAAGAUGGAAUGCAGUCUGAAGAAGGAAAUACAGGAGUUACCAGAACGAUUGAAGAUGAACGUCGACGAGAGAGAAAAUAAGCUACAGACAAAUAUAGACCAGGUCCAGGGAGACGUGGAGAAGACGAAAGGAGAGUUAACAGAGAAGAUAGAAAACGAUGUUGAAGAAACUAGAACCGAAUUGGGAGAAAAGAUCACCGAGGUGACGCAGAUGCAGAAACAACGCAACGAUGUGGUUAAGGAGAUAGGAGAUAGGCAAAACCAAUUGCCUAUCAGUCUGAGAAAUGCUGUAGCCAUGCAGCGAGAAGAAGAUGUCCAGUGGGUUGCAAUCGAAGGUGAGGCCUUCACUUGUGGAAUCAAGAGGAAGAAAGGGACUACUAAUUAUGAUCAGUUUGGAGGAGGAUUAUUGAAGAAAUGCUGGCCCAAAAGUCGUCAGUGUGCAACACUUGAGGACCCACUACGAUGCAGACCACUUAGUAAUUGGAAAGGAACGUCGGAAGAAUUUGCCAAACAUUUGUGGAAAUGGAACAAGAUUUUGGAACAACCCCUGAGUGACAACGUAGUCCUGAGUGCAGUGCUAGCAGCUGCCAUCGCCAGGCCAGUGCUAGCAGCUGCCAUCGCCAGGCCAGGUGGCAUGUCUGAAGUCGAGCCCUUACCAUGCUCGACAAAGACAAGAGCAUCCGGUGCGGUCAUCUUGAAAGACAGAAUUGGAACCAACAUGCAAGCUGAAGACGCCGCAUCAGCAAGUAGUGAAUCGGCCGAGGCUGAAACGGCCAGUUACGAAAGGACCAGCCUGUCUCCUUCCACUGAAAUACCUGACACUGCCACAGUAACCAGCUUGAAUGUAAAUCGCAAGAUAGAUCUGGCUUCUGGUAGCAAAAUGCCGUCGACUGGUUACAUUAUUUCGUCUCAGAUGUCGUCAGCUCCAACGAAUGUUGCUAGUCUUCAUCAUAUUGAUAGCUCCGAGAUUUCCAAGUCGUCUUCAUCUGCCGAAAGACUUGACAGUUCCACAGAAAGCAUGUUGAAAGCGAGCAGUGAGAUAGCUCUCACAACUGGUGGCCAAGUGCCCUCAGAUAGCUUCAUUAGUCAGUCUCAAACGACGCCAGUUCCUAAGAAUGCCGCUAGUCUUCAGCGCACUGAUAGCUCCGAGACUUCUAACUCAUCUCCUUCCGCCGAAAAAGCUGACUCUUCCCCGGAAACCAUGUUGAAGACCGACUCUAAAGUAGGUCUCGCUUCAGGUAGCAAAGUGCUUUCACCUGGCUCCAUUAGUCUAUCUCAAACAACUUCAGCUCCUAAGAAUGCUGCUAGUGUUCAGGAUAUUGACAGCUCAGAGAUGUCCAACUCUCCUUCUGCCAAAAGACCUAGCAGUUCCACAGAAAGCAACUUGAAUGCCAACAGUAAGAUAGCUCUCGCUGCUGGUGGCCAAGUACCCUCAGGUGGAUCAAUUAGUCGGUCUCAAACGUCGUCAGUUCCUAAGAACCCCGCCAGUCUUCAGGAUACUGACAGUUCCGAAGUUUCCAUCUCGUCUCCUUCCGCCGAAAAAGCUGACUGUUCCCCAGAGAGCAUGCUGAACACCGACCAUAAAGUAGGCCUCGCUUCUGGUGGCAAAGCGCCCUCAGCUGGCUCCAUUAGUCACACUCAAACGUCGUCAGCUCCAAAGAGUGCUGCUAGUCUUCAGGAUAUUGACAGCUCCGAGACAUCCAACUCGUCUCCUUCUGCCAAAAGACCUAACAGUUCCACAGAAAGCAACUUGAAUGCCAACAGUAAGAUAGCUCUCGCUGCUGGUGGCCAAGUACCCUCAGGUGGCUCAAUUAGUCGGUCUCAAACGUCGUCAGUUCCUAAGAACCCCGCCAGUCUUCAGGAUACUGACAGUUCCGAAGUUUCCAUCUCGUCUCCUUCCGCCGAAAAAGCUGACUGUUCCCCAGAGAGCAUGCUGAACACCGACCAUAAAGUAGGCCUCGCUUCUGGUGGCAAAGCGCCCUCAGCUGGCUCCAUUAGUCACACUCAAACGUCGUCAGCUCCAAAGAGUGCUGCUAGUCUUCAGGAUAUUGACAGCUCCGAGACAUCCAACUCGUCUCCUUCUGCCAAAAGACCUAACAGUUCCACAGAAAGCAACUUGAAUGCCAACAGUAAGAUAGCUCUCGCUGCUGGUGGCCAAGUACCCUCAGGUGGCUCAAUUAGUCGGUCUCAAACGUCGUCAGUUCCUAAGAAUGCCGCUGGUCUUCAGGAUACUGACAGCUCCGAAGUUUCCAUCUCGUCUCCUUCCGCCGAAAAAGCUGACUGUUCCCCAGAGAGCAUGUCGAACACCGACCACAAAGUAGGCCUCGCUUCUGGUGGCAAAGCGCCCUCAGCUGGCUCCAUUAGUCACACUCAAACGUCGUCAGCUCCAAAGAGUGCUGCUAGUCUUCAGGAUAUUGACAGCUCAGAGAUGUCCAACACUCCUUCCGCCAAAAGACCUGACAGUUCCUCAGAAAGCAAGUUGAACGCCAUUAGUAAGUUAGCUCUGGCUUCUGGUGGCCAAGCGCCCUCAAUUGGCUCCAUUAGUCAGUAUGAAAUGCCGUCACCUCCUAAGAAUGCUGCUAGUCUUCAGGAUAUUGACAGCUUCGAGACGUCCAACUUGUCUCCUUCUACCGAAAGACCAUGCAGUUCCUCUGAAAGCGUAUUAGACGACAACAAUUCGGUGAAUCUCUCUUCUGCUCGGAAAAUUCCCUCACCUGACUCUGUUAGUCCCUCUGAGAGAUCUCCGUCCCUUAAUAAUGUAGAGAGAGUCCCAGAUUUUGAAACCUCCGGUGUCUCUGAACCUGUUCAAAGGCUGAGCGAUGACUUACCUGGCAGCAAUACAUUUCAGAAUCUUCCAAUCAGUAACUUGGGUGCCACUUCUUCUCUUAACUCCCAAGCAAGCCUUUCUGAAACUCUGGACAAUAUUGCUAGUGUAGAUAUCUCUGGGGCAUUUCAACCUGCCAAGGAGCCCAAAACUGAUUCACCUGCUAGCUCCUCCUUUGGGCAUCUUCUUGCCAGGAAUAUUCCAGCGAGACCCUCUGCUGACUCUCAAGAAGAGAUUUCUCCCGCCAGUGAUCCUCGCUAUCGCAUCAGUAGCCUUGCACCUGACUCUACUGGACUUGGAUUGUACAAUGCCGUCAACUACUGGCUUUGUACCAGGCCUUUCUACAGCCCUCAAGCCAACAGUGACAGUGUGAGCCUUCCGUUUACAGUGACAUACCCAACUCCCAAUUCUAACAAGGUCAAGUUUGGUCUUUCCAUAAGCAGCCCGUUUACUGGUCUUUCUGUAGAGAGUUUCUCACCUGAGAUUUUGGCUCACUCCAGCAACGUUAUAGACACUGCUCACUGUGCAUCUCUCGCCGACGGGCUAGCCAACUUCACUCCGACUCUGCCACAGCUGUCACUCGAUGAAUGUAAUAAGGUCGGAGCAUUCUUGACAACCUCGCAUCGGGCAGACACGGCCCACAUCCUCGGCACUCCAGUAUGUACCGUUGUCGGUCCAUCUGCUGCACCGGUGAGGCUAUCUGCAGGUACCGGCACUUCCGCCGCCCCACGCAGCCAGUCAUCAAACACCGUCGUCUUCGGUGGCGUUCCUAUUCCCGUAUUGGCGCCAACAGCUGCACAAAUUAAGAGCCAGUAUCCAGGCUCCAUCAACUUUGAUGGCAUUCCUGAAUCCACCGCUGUACCAGUGAGUCCUGCUUACAACAUCUUCAACUUCGGUGGCGUCCCUGUUCAUACCUUUCUCCUAAGUGCAGUGCUUGCAGCUGCGUACGCAAGGCCUGCUGUCUUGUCGGAAGCUGCGCCAUCACCAUGCUCGACAAGGACAGGGGUAACCAGUGCUGCCAUCCUGAAGGAUAGAAUUGGAGCAGUCAUGCAAAAAGGAGACACCGCAUCGGUUAUCAGUGAAUCGGCCCAGUCUGAAACGGCCAGUUCCAGUGACAUAGGUCACAUUUUAGAUAACAAAACGCCCUCAUCGGACUCUAUCAGUCCGACUCAGAUGUCACCACAAUCUAAGAAUGCUGCUGGUCAUCAGGGCAUUGAUAGCUCCGAAACGUCCAACCUGUUUCCUUCCCGUGAAACACAUGACAGUUCAUUAGAGAUCAAGUUGAACGGCAACAGUAAGGUGGAGCCUAUCUCUGGUAGAAAAAUGCCCUCACCUGACUCCAUUAGUCCGUCUCGAAUGUCGCCAAAAUCUAAGAAUGAUGUUCGUCCUCAGGAUACUGAGAGCUACGAAACGUCCAACCUGUCUCCUUAUCCUGAAAAACCUGCCAGUUCCCCAGAGACCAAGUUGAACCCCAACCGCAAUGUAGGUCUCUCUUCAGCUAGCAAAAUGCAGUCUCCUGACUCCGUUAGUUCAUCGCAGACGUUGCCACAAUCUAAGAAUGCUGCUAGUCUUCAGGAUAUAGAUAGCUCCGAAACGUCCAACCUGUUUCCUUCCCGUGACAGUUCAUUAGAGAUCAACUUUAACGAUAACGGUAAGGCAGGGCCCACUUCUGGUAGCAAAAUGACCUCACCUGACUCCAUUAGUCCGUCUCAAACGUCGUCAGCUUCUAAGGAUAUUGACAGCUCCGAGACGCCUAACUCGUCUCCUUCUGCCGUAACACCUGAGAGUUCCACAGAAAGCAAACUGAACGCCAAUCGUAAGACAGCGCUAGCUUCUGGUGGCCAAGUGCCCUCAGGUGGCUCCAACAGUCAGUCUCAGACACCUUUAGUUCCUAAGAAUGCUGCUACUCUCCAGGAUAUUGACAGCUCCGAAACCCCCUUCUCGUCUCCUUCUGCCGAAAACGCUGACUGUUCCCCAGAGAGCAUGUCGAACACCAACUAUAUGGUAGGUCUCGCUUCGGGUAGCAAAGUGCCCUCAACUGGCUCCAUUAGUCCAUCUGAAACAUCUUCAGCUCCUAAUUAUGCUUCUAGUCUUCAGGAUAUUGACAGCUCCGAGACAUCUAAGCCGUUUCCUUCCACCGAAAGACCUUGCAGUUCCUCGGAAAGCAUGUUGGAUGACAGCUCGGAGAAUCUCUCUUCUGCCGGUAAAAUGCCCUCACCUAAUUCUUUUACUCCUUCUGAAAGAUCUCCAUCCCUUACUAAGGCAAACAGUGUUCAAGAAUUUCAAACAUCUGGCGUAUCCGAUUCUGCUCAAAAGCCCAACGAUGACUUACCGGGCAGCAACACAUUCCAGAAUUCUCCUGUCAGUAACUUGCGAGACACUUCUUCCGUUAACCCUCAAGAAAGCGUUUCUAAAAGUCUAGGCAAUAUUGCCAGUGUAGAUACCUCUGCUACUCUUCAACCUACCAACAAGCCCAAAGCUGAUUCGCCUGACAGCACCUCAUUUGGGGACCUUGCUGGCAGCAACUUUCCAUCGAGUCACUCCGCUGACUCGCAAGACGACCUCUCCCCUGCCAGUGAUCCUCGCUAUCUCAUUAAUAGCCUUGUUCCUUCUGCAUCUGCCACUCCUGGUCUUGGUUUGUACCAUGCUGCCGGUUACUGGCUUUGUACCGGGCCUUUCAACCGUCACCAAGCCAACAGUGACAGUGUGAACCUUCCCGUUACAAUGACGUACCCACCACCAAGUUCUAACAAGGCCAUGUUUGGUCUUUCCACAAGCACCCCGUUUGCUGAUCUUUCUGGUGAUAUAUUCUCCCCCGACGGCAUUGCUCACUCCAGAAAUGUUAUGGACAAUGCUGGUGGGGCAGUUCUCACAGACAGCCCAGCUAGCUUCACUCCGACUCUGCGACAGCUGUCACUCGAUGAAUUAAGUAAGGUCGGGGCAGUCUUUGCGGCUGAGGAUCCAGCAGCAGUUGCCCACGCUGCUGACACUCCAGCGUUUGCCGUUGUCGGUCCAUCGGCUGCAUCGGUGGAGCUGUGUGCAGGCACCGCCUAUUCUUCUGCUCCACAGAGCCAGACACCAAACACUGUCACCUUCGGUGGUGUUCCAGUCCGCGUGUGGGCGCCACCAGCUGCACCAUCAACGACCCAGUAUCCACGGAUCAUCAACUCUGGUGGCGUUCCCGUCCCCGCCAACGUCCAAGAGGCGGCAGCUGCUCAUAACACCAUCAACUUCGGUGGCGUCCCAGUUCGUACACUAAGCCAUCCCGUAACUGUGCCACUGAGUGUGAUUUCAAACACCAUCAACUUCAGUGGUUGGCCCGUUCUUCCUGUGGUCAACAGCCUGCUGCACCAAUGA